GACUCUGCUGACCAGUCAUAGCUCGUGGCUAUCAAUCACACACUCAAAGAUAUCCACUCAGAACUUCUUCUUUCACGUCAGAGAUAUCCACGACCACUGGACAUUGGCUACGUACACGGAGUUUCACAACGCCGCAGGGAUAUCAGCCUGACAUCGCCGUAUCAGCGCUUAUCGGUUUUCCAUCGUCACCGAGCUUCGGCCUUCACUUCUAUGCUGGCGAGGACGUACAUACAGGCGAUGAUAGUGCCUGGCCAGGCUUCGCGCUAGAUUGGAGCAGCUCUCGCCCUCCGAGUAGGCAUCGCUCGCUAUCCCAAAGCACUCGUUGGUCAUCGGCUGCAUCAAGACACCAUUCUGAUUCUUACUUGCUGCAAAAUUACAACAUAGCCACCAUGGACGAAUUGGACGACCCAAGAAACACAUCCCGGACACUGUACCCUGAUCUGCGAUCUGCAUAUACACAGAUACAGCGUCGAAGGGUAGCAAGCUCCCAGAGGACACGAUCCAGUGGAGUUGAGACCCGAUUUCCACUUAGUCCGUCAAGCUCUUCAUCAGAAGAGGACGACGACGAUCUGAACCCUUUGACGCUUGGGAAUGAUGCUAUACCACUACAAGGCCUACCCUGUCGGCGUGUACCAUCCGCAUUGGGCAUCCUUCACGAAGCCGACGACCACCAAGAGUCCAGCGCAAUCUUCGACAGUACCCUUGAUGCUGCACAAGGCGAUCUUUCCGGCCGUCAAUCUCUUACUUUGGACGAAAUUGUUGCGCAGUAUGCAGACCUACCAUCAGCGGCUUCGCCACUCGUACCUACUCAUCACGACCAAACCUACGCCUCUACUGUAACGCCGCAUCAGCACUAUUCGUACCGUGGCCAAGAGGAGGACUACGUUUGCAAGGGGAAUGCUUCUUUGGGCCAUCUCCCGAAUAGCACAGAGUGUCUUCUGCCACGAAAUCAUGCUUCCAACUUUCGCCAGGGACAAGAGAACGCUUCGAUUGUUACGCCGGGUGGUAAAACUGUGGACAUUGGAGAUCACGACGAAGAAUGGGAAAAGCCGCCAGACACUAGCCGCAGAGGCUUCUUGAAUCCUUCUCGAUCGCGCUUUCGUUUGACGAGCCGGGAGACCGGAGACUCGUCUCAAUUGAACGCGAGCGUAGGAAACAGCCCUGCAAUGCCGUGGGACCCGCUUUCAAACGUUACAGAGCCACCAAUUCAUGGACCUGGCUUGCAGCGUCAUGGCCGUUUGCAGAGCGACCAACGACAUAUGUCUCCAACACAUCGACCAAGCAGAAUAAAACGUUAUCCAAUCCUGAGGUGUCCAAGACAGGGAGUCAACGAAAAUGGCGAAAAGCAAUUGCAGGCGACUGAAGAAGUCUCUACAUUGAAUUCUGCCCGCGCUUCUGCCCUCAAGCCGCAAUCUUCACAGCUGGCUGUGCGCUCCUCUAUGCUGUCUGAUUCAACACCGCUCAUUCUGGAAGGCAACUCAGCGGUACCGUCAAGCACCCUGUUGCCUAGAGGCUUCAGUAAGGCUGUUAUGAAUGACGCCGACAUCUCUCGACUUCUUCGAGACAGUCGUAUUACGCACAGCAAUCUCCGCCGCUUUAGCGGCUGGUCCCGUGUCGAUGCCUCUGCCUCGCUCCUCUCCACCCAGCGUCAGGCUGGCCGGUUGUUGUUGGUGGUCUCCGUGGCCACAUAUUUUGUGGGUGGUUUCGUUUUGGCCCACGAUAUGGGCAAGGGGGGUGCCUUGUCCUCUGUGGCAAUGGCCGAGUUGACCGGCGGCGUUGUUUCGCGCGUCCACCCAGUGGACACUCAAUUGGCGCAAGCCAUUGAGAAGGGAGGUUUGUUGGUGGCUGUCUGUGUGCUGGCGGGUUGUGUGGGUGUUUUGGCCUGGUCGGCCAUCAUGUAGAUGGCAGCGUUAGAGCGGGCGAAAGCCCUUUUCACAAUACGAACAAUACCACUGUAUCAUAAAUAGCCUGUUUUCCGAUCGAAAUUAUGCUUGUGAUGACCUCUCCAAUAACGAACUAUAU